AUGGUAUAUGGGGUAUGGGCAUUUGGCAUGGGGCAUUGGGCAUGGGGCAUUGGGCAUGGGGCAUUGGGCAUUGGCCAUGGGGCAUUGGGCAUGGGGCAUUGGCCAUGGGGCAUUGGGCAUGGGGCAUUGGCCAUGGGCCACUGGGCAUGGGCCAUUGGGCAUGGGCCAUUGGGCAUGGGGCAUUGGGCAUGGGCCAUUGGGCAUGGGCCAUUGGGCAUGGGCCAUUGGACAUGGGCCAUUGGGCAUGGGCCAUUGGGCAUGGGCCAUUGGGCAUGGGCCAUUGGGCAUGGGCCAAUGGGCAUGGGCCAUUGGGCAUGGGCCAUUGGGCAUGGGCCAUUGGGCAUGGGCCAUUGGGCAUGGGCCAUUGGGCAUGGGCCAUUGGGCAUGGGCCAUUGGGCAUGGGCCAUUGGGCAUGGGCCAUUGGGCAUGGGCCAUUGGGCAUGGGCCAUUGGGCAUGGGCCAUUGGGCAUGGGCCAUUGGGCAUGGGCCAUUGGGCAUGGGCCAUUGGGCAUGGGCCAUUGGGCAUGGGCCAUUGGGCAUGACGCGCGCCCCAGUCACCCUCUCCUGUCCCCUGCCCACGCAUUCUUCUGA